UCAUGAAAUUCGUUUUAGUACACAUUUGAAAAACGUACGUAAACUAUUUGGCGUUAAGGUUCGUUCCGACUUGUCUUCAAGUGUCAUGUAAAAUCUAACCUCAUUUUUUGUAAUCAAAACAAAAUUCGACCAAAAUGAACCAACUAGCGCGAAACGUAAUAUUUUCAGUGAAAAUUUCGCAGAAAACAAGAACAAUUGCCAGUUUGGUGCCUCGAAAAACCCUAACGAACCAUGAGACUAUUAGACUGUUUAAAAAUUUACCCGCUCAAACCACAUUUUCUGCGAAAAGUAGUUUAAUUGCCACACAAACGGUUCGAUUUUCAUCAGAUGCAACUGAGAUUACUCAGCUGGACUAUGAACACUUUUGUGUGGAAACUUUGGAUGGUGUUUGCGACUAUAUCGAGGAGCUGAUUGACAGUAUCAAUCAUUUGACCACGGCGGAUGUUGUGAAUAAGGAUGGUGUUCUGACUGUUAGCCUUGGAUCAACGUAUGGUACUUAUGUCAUCAAUAAACAAUCACCGAACAAACAGAUUUGGUUGAGCUCGCCCACCAGCGGUCCCAAGAGAUUUGAUUUUGUGUAUGCAAAAGACGGCAGCAAAUUGGGUUACUGGAUUUACAAGCACACCGGAGAAACGUUGCACGAGCUUCUCGACAAGGAAUUCACUGAAAUUACAAAAACUCAAACCGAAUUUCAAUCAUUGCCAUUUGGCUCGAGGUGCUAAAAUAAAAUUCGAUCGUUUCUCUACAAAUUUGUGAAUGUUUUUAUUUGUUGAAUAAGUCUCUUUUAGAAAUAAAUUGAUUGUGAAUAGUGAACAUGGUUCAGCCCUUAACAGAUAUCUGAUCUAACAAAUAUAAAAAUGACCGCUACAAAACAAUCUC